AUGCUGCGGACCGGGAAAAUCUCCGGUCAAAAGUUAGUCUAUGGCGUGAGUACCCGCAAAUUAUCAAAUGCUAAUCACACCCGAGGGCCGACAAUAACGCCAAGGUUAUGCCCUCACAUAUUACAUGAGAAAGGGACGGUGAUUGGGAGCUCGUGUCGGUUUCCUGGUGGCAUAAAUUCGCCUUCAGCUUUAUGGAACCUACUGAAGUCGCCAAAGGAUCUGUUGAAGCCAAUUCCACGGGAAAGGUUUGACACAAGAGGGUUUUACCACCCAGACAGCCUUCAUCACGGUACCACGAAUGUGAAGGAUUGUUAUUUGCUUGAACAAGACCCGGGUGUCUUCGAUGCCGAAUUCUUUGGCAUAAGCCCCGCUGAAGCAACGUCAAUGGAUCCUCAACAACGAAUCAUGCUUGAGGUAGUAUAUGAAGCUAUUGAGAGCGCUGGCUACUCGAUCGAUGACAUUAGGGGAACUGAUACUGGCGUCUUUGUGGCCUGUAUGUGGAGUGAUUAUGCGGAUAUUCAACAAGCUGAUAUGGAUACUAUACCCCAGCAUUCAGCAACAGGAACAGCACGCAGCAUACUUUCCAAUCGCAUCUCCCACUUUUUCGAUUUGAAAGGUCCAUCCAUGACAAUUGACACAGCCUGCUCAUCCAGCCUUGUUGCUAUUCACCAAGCCAUGCAAAGCCUCCGCAAUGGGGAGUCUAGAAUGGCAAUUGUGGCAGGUGCGAACUUAAUCCUGCGCCAAGAGGCCUUCAUAAGCGAAUCCAAUAUGAACAUGUUAUCCCCUCAUGGGCGAAGCAAGAUGUGGGCAGCUGAUGCCGAUGGAUACGGAAGGGGGGAAGGGUUCUCCGCUGUUCUUUUGAAGCUGGACCGGAAUGCGACCGCUGAUGGUGACCACGUGGAAUGCGUGGUGCGGGAGACAGGAGUCAACCACGAUGGCCACACGAGGGGCAUCACUGUCCCCAGUUCCAAGUCGCAAGAGUCCCUGAUAAAGUCUACAUAUGUAAAAGCCGGAUUGGACCUUUCCAGGGAAUCAGAUCAAUGCCAAUAUUUCGAGGCGCACGGGACAGGCACGCCGGCGGGUGAUCCCAUCGAGGCAGAAGCAAUUUUCAAUAGCCUUAUUCGAGGGCGACCCCGUGAGAACCCCUUACGUGUUGGAUCUAUCAAAACCAUUAUUGGUCAUCUUGAAGGCUGUGCUGGGCUUGCAGGGCUCCUAAAAGCCUCUUUGUCUUUACAAAAUGCCGCAAUCCCCCCAAACCUCCAUCUGACUACCCUCAAUCCCCGAGUUGCACCAUUCUAUAAACUUCUCAAGGUUCCCACCCAACUCGAAAGCUGGCCCAACCAUCAGCAUCUGUCAAUUCGUCGAGCCUCCGUGAACAGCUUCGGAUUCGGGGGCACUAAUGCCCAUGUCAUCCUGGAGUCGGCAUCUGACCGCAGCGCAAGUCGUGUUUAUUCAGCACCUGCCGGGCCUUUAGUCGUGUCUGCAGCCUCUCCGUCCUCUUUGAGAGCUAAUGUGCAAAGCCUGCAUGGUUACAUACAAUCGAUGGACGAAAUAAACUUGAAUGACCUGACAUAUACACUUCAACGGAGAACAACACUCCCAUUCUUAACCAGCUUUCCCGGUGGCUCACGAACUGAGCUGAUAAAGCAAAUGGCCUCUUGGACCACAACUGAAGCCGCGGGGGAUAAAGGAGGUGUCUCUUCGUCACAGGCAAUAAAAACGUCCAUAUGGGGGAUAUUUACAGGACAGGGGGCACAUUGGGUUGGGAUGGCGAGGAUCUUGGUCCACAAUUGCAUGGUCUUCAGAGAAACGAUCGAUGCACUGGAUGAGGUACUGCGUGCGCUUCGUGACCCUCCUAAGUGGACAUUGAUCGACGAGCUUAUCGGAGCCAAGGAUAGGAAUUCAGUGGGCUUGAAAAGUGCAGCCAUUUUGCAGCCACUCUGCACAGCUAUCCAGCUGGGACUCCUGGCCCUCCUCCGCCAUGCAGGCAUCGAGUUCGACACCAUAAUCGGACAUUCAUCUGGCGAGAUUGCGGCUGCGUAUGCGGCUGGCUGUAUUUCGCGGGAUGAUGCUAUCAGGAUUUCCUUUUAUCGCGGUCUUCAUGGUACGAGCACCGAGAAGGACGGGGCAAUGGCUGCCAUUAAGCUCAGCCCUGCCGCAGUCUUUGAGAUAAUCGAAGGGUUGUCCCUGAGCAGUCACGUCUGUAUUGCAGCAUAUAAUUCUCAGGAGAGUGUCACCGUUUCCGGUGAUACAAUGGCAAUAGACUUACUAAUCUCAGUCGCUACGGCGGCCAACAUUGCUGCCAAGAAAUUGACCGUGGACAUUGCUUACCACUCUAGCCACAUGGAAAACGGUGUCCAGCCGUACCUUGAUAGCCUACACGACAGCAAUCUAGCCUACUCACCAUGUCGCCCACGCUGUCUUUGGGUUUCUACUGUUACUGGAAAGCCAAUGGGAUCGGACAUUGAUUCCCUGCAUUCGACAUACUGGGCGGAAAAUCUCGUCAAACCCGUCCAGUUCAAGCAGGCUAUAGAGUCAGCGCUGAUUGAGCGAGGCCGCCCCGGUAUUGUUCUUGAAGUCGGGCCCCAUCACACGUUGAAAGGGCCGGUUCUAGAAACAAUCGAUAAACUCCACAGAAGAUCUGUUCCUUACACGAGUCUUUUGAAAAGAGAUACAGAUGAUAUACAAUGCUUUUCCGGAGCACUUGGGUGCGUAUGGGAGCACUGCGGUUCAUCUGCAGUCGACUUCGUUGGGUACCUAGAGGCCUUCUCAGAUAAGCCCCAGACCAAGGUACUCAAGGCGCUCCCCCCUUACAGUUGGGAUCAUGAAAAAAUUUACUGGCAUGAGUCUCGCUUGUCGGAACAGCAUCGCACUCGUUCAAAUCCCCCACAUGAUCUGCUCGGUGUGAUCGUCCCGACUAUGUUCGACGAUGGCAAGGUCUUCCGCAAUAUCAUCCACCUCAGUGAGAUGCCUUGGCUUAAAGGUCAUCGAUUUCAGGGAGAGGUUGUUCUUCCUGCUGCAGCCUAUGUUUCGGCGGCGCUGGAGGCUGUCACAGUCGAAUUCAAAAAUCGAGAAGUGGGAUCAGUUGAGAUACGAAACGCGAUCAUUCAUCAUGCAGUACGCCUCGAGGAGGACUCAGCUGGAGUUGAGUUAGUUUCUGCUUUUGAUGUGGUUCACGAUGAAGAUGAUAGCCCAAGGGGAACUAUUUUCGUCAUUUCAUUCUCCUGUCAUACAGCCGCCAUCCGGACAGGAUUUCCUGCCAAAAAGGUUUUCAGCUGCGAAUUGUCUGUCAUAAUUGGCCAUUCGUGGUUGGACCAAUCUGAUGAGCCGGGCGCCAUGAUCACCCCAUCAUCAAUGGCGGAUGUUGGUAUUGAAUCAGUAUACAGUAAUUUACGUUUAGUCGGUCUCGAGUAUGCGGAUUUGUUCCGAUGCCUUGCCUCUGCCUCCCGCGAUAUGCCUUAUGCUUCAGCCUCGAUAAUCGCACCGACUUCGUCUUCCCUUCUCCAUACAACAAUACUUGAUGCGUGCUUCCAGACCACAAUUUCUGCAUAUUCACCAUCUGCUCUGUCCGCAUUUUGGUCCCCGUUUUUGCCGCGAAGCAUUGGUAGGAUCCAUGCGAAUUUCCAAUUCCUGAAGCAACAUGCAUGCUCCGGCGAGAGCUUAAGAAUCAAUGCCAACAUCACAGAUUCAUCUUCUGCGUCCAUACAUGCAGAUGUUGGUCUCUAUCAUGAGAGCACAGGAAGAGUGUUGUUACAUAUGGAGGAUGUCACACUGGCCCCCCUCUCCCACCGAAGUGCAGACCAAGACAAAAUCAUGUUUUGGCAGGAGACUUGGCGGGAAGACACCAUGAGUGGCUCUCUCAUCCAGCCCUUUCCGAGGGAAGGCCGAAGGGAGCAGGAGAGACUCGAACUUAUGGAUGUCAUGGAGAGACUGGCAUACUGGUUUCUGAGAAGUCUCAGAAAUAAUAUUUCCCCUGAUCAGGUGGACACAAUGCCGUGGCAUAAAAAGCUUCUUUUUGAAUUUGCUGGUAGAGUUGUCGAAACUGGCCUCAGCGCAGAUACUCCAUCGUACAGGCCAGAGUGGAAGCAUGAUUCUUUUGAGCAAAUAGAACCCCUUUUGCAGGGAUUCGUGCACACAGUGGAUCUCCAGAUCCUUCUCGCGGCUGGCCAAUCACUGGUUCCUAUAAUGCGAGGGGAAGUGGAUGCGCUUAGUGUUGUGAUGAAGAACGAUUUGCUCUCCCGCUUCUACCGCGACGCAGUUACCUUGGAAGGUUUAAAUAGCGCAUUUUCCAAACUUGUGAAGCCUAUAUGCCACAAAUUUCCACAGUCAAGAAUCCUCGAGAUUGGGGCUGGAACAGGAGGAACCACAGGACCGGUCUUGGACACAGUAUAUAAUGCGUGCGUGUCGUAUACAUACACCGAUAUAUCCUCGGCCUUCUUCGAGAGCGCUCAGUCAGCCUUUGCUCAGUAUGGAGACAAGAUGGAAUUUAAGGUGCUCGAUAUUGAAAAGGACGUUGAAAUGCAAAACUACGAAGAAGAGUCGUUCCACCUUAUUAUUGCUGCCAACGUCUUCCAUGCUACAAAGAGCCUCUCUAACACCAUCCGUAAUGUUCGUCGUUUACUCGCACCUGGAGGCUAUCUAGUGUUUGGGGAGGUGACAACAAAGCGUCUGCAUCACUUUACCACCUUCGGGACCUUACCAGGUUGGUGGCUUGGUUUUGACGAGGGCCGUCAGGAUGGGCCAACCAUAGGUCCGGCGGAAUGGGACCGUUUGCUGCAAGAGAAUGGAUUCUCUGGAAUUGACAGAAUCAUGUUUGACACUCAAGAUAUCCGCAGCCAUACACACUCUGUGAUUGUCACCCAAGCCACGAGUAUUGAGAUUGACAUACUGCGGCAACCGCUGAAGUUCCAACUUGACGUCUGCCGAACACUCCAAGGUAUUUUAAUCGUGGGCGGUAGAACGCUGCGCACAAAACGACUGCUCGAUCAUAUAAUAGGGUCUCUUGCCCCAUCUUUGGUGAAGGUCACCGUGGUUGGGUCGCUAGAACUGUUGUAUGCUGGGGAGCAAAAAGGGGGCAGCAAAACGGAGACGAUGGUGCUCUAUAUGGGAGACUUAGAUGGGCCUCUUCUUGAAAACUUUACGGCUCCAAAGCUCCUGCUGCUCCAAAGAUUUCUCAAUGAGUAUAGCGAUAUUCUGUACAUCACCGAUGGGUCUAGCCCGUUCUCGAAGAUGAUGACCGGAAUCGCCCGAAGUGUGGAUAUGGAGCUCUCAAAACGGAGAUUACAUAUGGUCACCUUAGACUGUCCCACUGGCUCCAACCAAGAAUCUCAAAAUGUUCUCGUACUAUUUCUUCAGUUCAUCUUCACAAAGCACCUUUUGAACAGGGCUACGAACCUGAUUUUAUCAGAUGAAUCCGAGCUAGUGCUUCACAAUGACAGUGUGAUGAUACCUCGUCUAGUCCCAGAUCAAUGUGCCAAUAACAGAUUUAAUUCUGCUAAUCGGGAAAUUAUCAUUGAGCGGCAUUAUCCAGACAUUCAUGGUCGCCGGCUUCAACUUGAUUCCAAGAGGCGACUGAAGGAGAAGGAUAUUAAAACAGUGGAUCCCGUUUCGGGGAAUGUCCGGAUCCGUGUUCUGCGAUCAAUGCACCCCGCAGUGAAGGUGUAUGCAUCAUACCUAUACCUUUGUGUUGGGAUUAGACUGGUCGACAAUAAGGCUUGCAUUGCAUUCGUAGAUCAGGCAGCAACCAUAGUCGAUGUACCAGAAGAGCUUCUAUUUGCUUGCGAAUACCCGGCUUCCGAAUGGAACGAUCUUUUGAGCAUGCUACUUGUUCGUUUGAUAUCUCGACAAGGUAUGGAAAUGCUGUGUCCCGGGGGUUGCAUAUGCUUCCAUGAUCCAGACCUGCAGGCCAUAUCUAUCAUUCGAAAAAGGGCCGAAGAAAAUGGUCUUCAGGUCCUGUUCACAACAACGCGAUCAGGAGGGGAACAAGCCUCGGACACUAUUGUCAUCACACCACUGACCACAUGCCGAAAACUGACUUCACGCCUCCCACGUAACCUAGACCUCUUCCUUGACUUGUCUGAGAAGGGAUCAAACUCUGUCUUAACUACACGCCUUCGAUCGUGUCUCCCCACCAAUACCAGGCAGGUGGACUUUUCGUGGUUCUUUCAGGUAGAAAGUACGUGCAAUGAGAACGACAGUUCUGCUUUGGGUGCAUUCAAAAUAGAUGCUGUUCCCCUUUCUCACCUAGAAAAAUCGUCUUUUAAAAAGCAAAUUGUUGACUGGACACUUCAUUGUUCUGUUUCGGUUCUGGUUCAGCCUAUCCAGUGUACUGUUUCGUUGUACGACCCCAGGAAGACCUACGUUUUUGUUGGUUUGAGUGGGGAUCUCGGCCAUCUUCUCUGUCGGCGCAUGGCCGAAGACGGAGCAAGGUAUUUUGUUCUAUGCAGUCGGCAGCCGACGGUCACUCCAGAGCUUACCAACGACCUUGAACGAUUACAAUGCACCAUAAAGACAUAUUCGCUAGAUGUGACGGAUCUUCAGGCAGUCAGAUGCAUGCAUACAGAGUUGUCUAAAUCCAUGCCUGCUAUAGGGGGUGUUCUCCACGGCGCAAUGGUGAUGUCGGACAGCUUGUGGUCGAAUAUGACGUUCGACGAAUACCAAAAGGUGUUUGCACCAAAAGCCCAAGGAGCAAUCUAUCUGGACCGAAUAUUUCAAGAAGAUACGAUUGACUUCUUUGUACUUGUUUCCUCUGCAAUCGGCAUCAUCGGUAACCCAGGACAGGCAAACUAUGCAGCAGCGAAUGUAUUCCUUCAUGCACUUGCGAAUGAGCGCAGAAAAAGGGGUCUGGUGGCUUCGGUGGUCGCUCUAUCAGCUGUUGGCGGCAUUGGAUACUUUGCUCGAUCAGGACGUCAGGUUCAGUCACAAAUCGAGAGGCUGAAUAUUGAGGUGAUUCCAGAGUCUGAGAUCUACCCUAUUUUCGCCGAAUCAAUAGGGCGUAGCAAGCAUAGUGAAUCUAGACACUCGUGUGAGGUUAUUACAGGGCUAAGAAGAAUUGAGGAUUCAGCACCAGAACACACUCGGCCUGAAUGGUACUCGAAGCCUCGAUUCUCCCACCUGAUUGUGCCGGGGAAAGGAAGCCACCAGAAUACAGGACAAGUCGGGCGUGAUACUUCGGUUCGUGCCCAAUUAUCAAGAUCAGAACGGAAGAAAGAUGCGGAGGAGAUUACACUGGAGGGGCUCCAACUGCGGCUUGCACACAUGCUCCAAAGGCCCGUUACAACUAUUGAUCCACUAGCCUCCCCUGUGUCUUUGGGAAUAGACUCACUAAUGGCAGUGCACAUCAGGACAUGGUUUCUGCAGGAGCUAGAAUCUGACAUCCCUGUAUUGAGGAUCCUUGGAGAUGUGUCAAUUGCAGAGAUCUGUAAUCAAGCUUUGGCAAUUUCCCCUGUUAUAGGUGAAUAA